AUGACUAAGAGUUCUGGGAUUCUUACCACGAAUGGCGGCGAUACGGUUUAUGAAAAUGCUUCUAAGCGUUCUCAUCAGCUUUUGGAUGGCGUCGAGGCAGAUAGUAUACUUCCAAACAAAAAACUUAUGCAGGAGAUUCCUACCAGCAACUUGUUUUCUGGAGUGAUUAACUCGAAUGUACCUGCCUGGGGAAACACGUUCGGUUUUCAGUCUAUUCCUGGUCAGUUUACUGAACGUUUAUUCGACACCGAAUCUACCAGGGCAGUCGAUAUUCAUGAUAAAACCGUGCAUUCGGUUAACACUGAGAAGGUCAUUCUAGGAAGGAGUGGGAUUGAGGAACCUUACAGUGAUCAAUCCUUUGCUUUAUCAAUGUCUCAUACACUUGAGGAACCUCGAUCAGCGGUUAGUUAUGGUGGGAUCAGAAAAUUGAAAGUUAGCCAAGUGAAGGAUUCCGACAGUCUUGUGUCAUCUACAAACGCACAGAACCAUGUCAGGACGGGCAACCGAUCUAUGUCAACAAGUAAUGUUUAUAGGCUUGAUCAGAAUUCCAUGUGCAUGAGUCUUGCAUUUGGUAAGGAAGAAGAGAAUAGUAUCGCCGAAAGUUAUGAGAGGGAGAAUGGUGUCUUUAUUUCGAUGGGUCAGCAAUAUAGUAAUCGUGAUGAAAAUAUAGCGUUGGCUCCCUAUAAUGAUAGUAACAGUUUCGCUUCUGAUCUUGCUUUCGACAAGAUUGACAGUAAUUUAAUAUCCAUGGGUCAAACAUAUAAUAACCAUGUUGACGAGAGUGCUGCAUCAAAGGGUAGCAUCUUUCACAAAGAGAGCACUUCUGUAUGUAGAGAUAAUGUGUAUAACAGUAAUAGUAACGCCGUGCAAGACUCUUGUAGCAAGGGACAGAGUACACUCAUAUCUUUUGGUGGUUCGAAUGAUGAUGAUGAUGCUAAUAACUCUGGAAGGAUCAUAUCCAGCUAUGAAUUCUUGAUGUCUAAAUCCACACCUCAACUAUCUGAAACUCCGAUUAGCAAAGAUUUGGUUGGAUCUAGAACCAACGCGCUUGGUAGCGAUGGUACCUUCUCUAGUAUUGAUGUUUCCGCGAAGAAAGAAGAAACAAAAGUAUCAAAGAAAGUUCAGAGCAAUAGUUUUCCUUCUAAUGUAAGGAGUUUGCUAUCUACCGGUAUGCUCGAUGGAGUUCCAGUAAAAUAUAUUUCUUGGUCACGCGAGAAGGAGCUUCAUGGUGUUAUCAAGGGUUCUGGAUAUCAAUGUGGAUGCAACUCAUGCAAUUCCUCUAAGGUGGUCAAUGCAUAUGAAUUUGAACGGCACGCUGGUUGCAAGACUAAGCAUCCCAAUAAUCAUAUAUACUUUGAGAAUGGUAAAACCAUCUAUGGGAUAGUUCAAGAGCUCAGAAACACACCACAAGAUAUGUUGUUCAGUGUUAUCCCAACCAUGACUGGGUCGUCUAUCAACCAAAAGUCUUUCCGUAUGUGGAAAGGUGCGUAA